UCAAAAUUUUCUUUCUGUUAAUCUGUUUCUGUGAUGACAGGGGAGAGGAAAGGGGGAGGGGCAGAAGUGACAGGAGGAGGGUGAAAAAAAGAUGAUAAUUGUGUUAGUAAUAGUCUACAGUAUGAAAGGUUCCUCCUGAACCAAAGGAUCAACGGCCCUAUUUUUAUUUGAUUUUGGCUUGGUGAAAUGACAACUGGAUACGUUUAACAGCAGGGAAACCACAUUUCCAGCUGUCCUUGUGUGCAGGUCAGGUUGUCAGAGGAAUCACUAAACUCAGAUGGGUCAGGCACUGUGGAGGCUGCCUCCCAGACAACAGCAGCAGCUUCAGGAAGAGCUUGCCGACCGACUGGCUGACCAAGGAGGAGGAGGAAGACCUGAACAAGGGAGAGAUGGAGGUCCCCAGAGAAGAGCUCCUCAGCACUGUUAUGGCCCCGACAUCUACCAUCUGCUGAGAACACGGAUGGGAGGUAAAGAACAUCAUGGUUUUAUUGAUUUGGAGAUGUUGCCACCUGAAUUAGGCAUCACUAUACUGUCUUAUCUGAAUGCUACUGAUCUGUGCCUGGCCGGCUGUGUGUGGCAGGACCUGGGAAAUGACGAAUAUCUAUGGCAGGGGCUGUGUAAGUCCACAUGGGGACACUGCUCCAUCUACAACAGAAGACUACCUGCUGGUUUCUCAUAUAGAAGACUAUACCUACAACUAGAUGAAGGCAGCCUGACAUUCAAUGCUAACCCACAGGAGGGUAUCAGUUAUUUCAUGUCUAAAGGUAUACUAGUGGAUCAUCCGACCGAGCUGGCUAAGUUCAUCUUCUACACCAGACGGCUCAACUGGAAGAUGCUGAGGAUUUACCUGGAUGAGAGGCGGGAUGUCCUGGAUGAGUUGGUGACCCUCCAUAACUUCAGUAACCAGUUCCUCCCCAAUGCUCUGCGGGAUUUCUUCAGACACAUCCACGCACCAGAGGAGAGAGGAGAGUAUCUGGAGACCCUCAUUACCAAGUUCAGCCACAGGUUUUGUACCUGUAACCCUGGUCUUGUCCGAGAGCUGGGCCUCAGUCCUGAUGCUGUGUAUGUGCUGUGCUACAGUCUGAUCCUGCUGUCCAUCGACCUGACCAGCCCCCACGUCAAAAACAAAAUGUCCAAGAGGGAGUUUAUCAGGAACACUCGCCGAGCAGCACAUAAUGUUUCGGAUGACUUCGUAGGCCACCUCUAUGACAACAUAUACUUGAUUGGCCACGUGGCUGCGUAGCUCCACCUACCUGCUGUCCAGUAGAAAUCCUCAUACUGCACUGAAGAAUAGGAAUUGGUGAUUGGGUUCAUAUACAUGUCUGGAAAGUAUGGAACAUUGUGGAAAUGGAUUUAAACAAUGUUCAUGUCCUUCAAGAAAUAUAACAACAAAUAAAUCGUACUAGAAAGAUUAGCAAAACAAAUAAAAUUCACCACUGCACUGGAAGAGAGAGACUGUGCUACCAAAUAUUAGUAAUGUUAUUCGAUUUUAGAUCAAAGGUGUGAAACAUCUGAAAUGUCUUUAAAACCAAGUCACUGCAAAGAAGGAGGUUUUAAAGUUGAACCAUGAAGAAGAGCUCUGAUACUGCACUGACGGAUGGAAACUACAGAUUGGUUAAGGGACAAGGAAGAGGAGGAGCACUGCCCUCAGCCUGUUACAGAUGCCAGGACAGUCAUGCUGACUCCCUAUUGGAUAGGAGCUGCUUCACGUUCACCAGCACUGGUCCAGUCUUGUAGGAAGUGACACAGGGGACAUUAAUACAAGGCUAGCACAAGAUCACUCACUAAUAUCACUAGUAGCAUUUGCCAGUGGUAUUAAUGACAAAGGUACAUUGGAGCUAUUCUGCAGAUCAGCUGAUCUUGAUACACUGUCCAGUGGUAACAACCAGAAUGUCUAAGAUUCAACUAAACCUGGUUUUCUGUGGCUCAUACUACAGCUUAUAAAUGUUUUGAUUUUAUGAGUAAGACGAACAAGACAACAACACAUUGGGCCUCAUGCAAGAAAAUGUUUGUAUUAUUAUCCUAAAUCUCUUACUUUUUUCUGUGAGGUGUACUUGUAUGAGAAGUCAGUCACCAAACAAUAUUAACUGCACAAACGUAACGUAAAUCGCUUGUUUCAUCCUGAUGAAUGUCAACUGUUCAUGAGGAGGUGUGCGCUUUUGAGAUUUGAUCAUUAGCAUAAUCAGUGCCCUUAAAUCGCCAUGUAAGGCUACCUGUUCCACAAGAGUAAAAAGAAGAAUGUCAUACCAUGCAGCUUCAAGUCCUGCUGUCAGAAAUCAACAGACAAAAACACAACAAAUUUAGCAGCAGUAGUAUUAGUGGACCCAAAAAAGUUUAAAAUAGACAUGUCAUCAAAACAGUGCUGUACUGUAACAGAAAUAAAGAGGAAAUAGUUUGACAUGAAGUUAGACGCUUAGUCUACAGCAGAGUGGUCCAUAACUAAUAUGAGAGGGGACGUGACAGUCAGGACAUAUUAGAUGAGAGAAUAUUAUAGCCUACAGUAGGUGAUGUUAAACUCUCAGGUGCAACAGAGAAUGAUACUGGACAGUGAUCAGCAUAAAAAAUAUAAGGCAGCUGUUGGAGUGAGAGAAUUUUGAAAUGUUCCUGUGCCGAAAUAAGCCAAUAAAAAGUAUAAAAUCUAAAAUACCUCUCAGUAAAUUGGCAAGCCAUGGUGAUGGCUGAAUAUUAAUAAAUUGAACUGAAUAUUAAUUUUGCAUUACAUUCUGUUUUAGUUCAUUUCUGUUUCAUAUUUAAACUCCAAAUUCAUUCAGAUUAUGGCAUUAUAAUUCUGAAAGUGAAAGUGUUUUCCCCCAGUGGAGAAAGUCAGACUAUCCGUACGUGACUCAUACGACAGGUCUGGACCACCUGGGAAUUUUGUUUGUACCUAAGAGAAAAUUCUAAGGACUGGUGAAGCCACAAAUGUGAAAUUAUUUAACAUGCAUGUAAAUCCUUAAAAUUGCAUAAAUUCAAAUGAAGUGUUUCAUAAUAAAUUUGAUGGUCACACAGGUAAAAGCAAAGUGAAAUACACAUUUAGUAUUUCCAGUGUUGUAGGAACCAACUAGCUACAUUUUGUGAGAGCUUUAGUCCAGAUUAUGUUUGAAAUUGAAUGUUUUAAAACUGUUUCUUGUACAUGACAUUAGAGAAAUGUAUAAUCACACUGCUUUGAAGGUGCUUUUUGUGCAGGAGAUCACAGCUCCUGUGAGAGCACAGCAGCUUCUAUGUUAUGCUGCUUUAUAAAGAAAAUGGUAGAAGUCAGGGUUUGGUGAUGGACCUGACUCUAAUUCUGGCAUCCUUAUCAAGGAAAUGGCUGAAGUCAAGUAGAGAAAGAUAAUGUUAAGAGAAAAAAUUAAGGAUUUUCAUCAAGUCAUUCUGCAAUCUUAGCUCUUGAGUUGUCAUGGAAGGACAAAACCACCGGCUGAAGUUAGUGCAUGACAGUGACAAAAAUAAUACUGCUAUAAUUUCAUAUUUUUGCACAAUGCACAUGUAUUUAUCCCCAAUUGCCACAGGUUUAGCUUUAGUUCCUGAAGUCAUAGGCUUCCAUUGUUUUCAAAACCUCCUGAAAAACAGCCCACCACGACCUAGCCAUUGCUGCCAUGACAUAAUAGCAUAAUACAUCUAAUCCGUCUCAUAAAUUAGACAUGUAGUUUUAUAAUGACUUUAUAAAACCACAAUCAUUGCAGCUACGAUCCUGUCAAAAGUAAUUCUUCCAGAAGUGAAUGAGAAGAAAUUAUUGUGCAUCUCAAAAUAUGACACCCACAGUGUCAUUUAGCCUUCCUAAGAGUGCAGUCAUCGGGAAAAAAAAGAGAAAAUAUUAUUAUUUAACAGUAUAAUUGGUAGUGUGGCAAAGUAAUUGGUAAAAUAUAUGUGCAAUUUAUAUGGUUAAUUAAAAUUAUGGAUUAUAUUUGUCAGUGAAGGAAUAUGUGUCUGAGCUGUUAUUGGUGGAUUUUUGAAAUAGUGGAAGCCUAUUAUUAUCUGGAAGUCAACACUUACAGUAGAGAACAUACACAUAUGAAACUGAUGCCUUUUUAGGCAUUACAGUGGUAUAAGUGUGUAAAAGCCAAUCUGGCGAAAUGAAAGUGCACACACAACUUAAAUCAGAACAUAUUGAUGACUUCAAAUAUUCAAAUACAUGAAAUAUUUCCAGCUAUUGCUUUUUAAAAGUAAAUCAGUCUAAUGAUGCCCGUCAGACCUGAAUGCAGGAUGAAAGGCACUCUGUGCUAGUAGCUUCUACCACUGAGUCCCAGCUGCUAGCAUGUAGCUGCAGCUAAGUGUCACUGGUGGUCAUUGAAUGGAACCAUAGGAAAAGACAGGAUGUCACAGUGAAGCAGUUUCAUAUUUAAACCUUUUUUAUUAAUUAAAGGGGUUUAUAUUAUAACCUAGGUAGCUAGUUGCAAUACCAGUCAACAUUUAUUUAUUUUGUGAUUUGUUUUGUAUCCAUGUAUAUUAUGUUAAAAGAUCCUCUUCAUUAGAGGCUGAACUCAGAAUUAAUUUUAAUUCAUUAAUGUUAUUGAAGAUUCAUUAUUGCUGAUGAUGCACACUGAUUUAGAAUUUUAACUUCAUUGUUUUCUUUAAAUUCUGAAGGGAAUCCACUUCCUGUAAUGUGUUUUUUGUCUUUAUGGUUACUAGAAUACUUUAUGACUGACAAAAUGUACUCAGAAAUUGUUCCAAAUUGACUUGUUAAAUCUGGGCUUGAUUUUACUGACAUGUUUCAACCACCUGCAGUUAUACAGCUUGAGAUAUGAAAAGGCAGAAAUAGAGAUUCACUUCUUUGACAGAAAUCAUGCAUCACUCAUUUUAUUUGAUCUGUUAUAUUGAACAUUUAGUUCAAUGAUAGAUUUGGUUCUCCUUCCCCAGAUGAAGGUGAUGCAGAGAUGUGUUUCCUUUCUCUCCAGCAAUGGGACUGAGCUCACAGUAAAGCUUGAGAAAUUAAAAAAUGGAUUGGAAACAUUUAAAGAUGAUCAGCUCUCUACAGUUUAAAUUAAUAAAUGUCUCAAAACUGA